AUGCCUUGUCUGGAGUCCAUGGAGCUCGGCAGCGCGACUUUCAGGCCAUCUCCUGCCGCUGGGGCCGAGGAGUCCUUCCGCAGGGAAACGGUGACUGCGCCGCCGAUGGCGCGCAGCAUUGGCUGGUUUUUCUCCCCGCUGUGGGGCCCUCGCUCCGAGGCGCGCCGCAGGAGGUUUGGAGACGGUAUGAAGAGCGGCCAGGUGGAGGCAUGGCUGGAUGACCACUCCGACUUCACCAGGGCGUACUUUUUACGCAGAGCUGCCGCGGUCAGUGGUCCACAGGCAGAGAUGUCUCCACAGCUGCCCAGGCUUCCCAGGAGCAGCUCUGACCACUCUGACCUGCUCACAAGGGCUCAUCAUCGCAGAGCUUCCUCUUCACUGACCGGCUCACACUUGAACAUUGCGUCCUUAACCGACCGGCUCAGACCCCUCUCUUCCAAUCUCAGCGCCCCUGAGUGGUUGGAUCGUUCCAGUCCAGAUGUGCUGGGCUGUCACUCCCCUUGCUCCCCCCGCUCUUCACGCUUCUCUUUUUCUCCCUGCCAUCCACUUUCUCCCGUCUGCCCCUGCUCCCCCGACUUGCCCCACUCUCCUCAGCCUCUGCGUCCCUCUGCUGCAAAGGCCGCAGCCUGUGGCCAUGGCGAGUGCUGCCCGUGGAUGAUGGAGCUCCUGAGAGGAGGUCUCAGCUGGAUGGGCUCUGUAGCGGAGCUCUGCCAGGGGGCUGUCCUGCACGCUGGGGAGCUGCUGUCAGCUGAAGGCAGCUCCCUCUCUCUGGUAAAGAAAGACUCCAGUGGAAGGAGCACCUUGGAGGAGGUGAUUCCCCCGACAGCGUUUGGGUGCUUGAGCGAAGGCAAUCUGUGCAGCCAUGCCCACCUGGAGCUGGUGAAGGGCAUCAUGGGGUGUGUGCUGGCUACAGGGUCACCAAUGAACCUGAGAGACGUAUCAGAGGACCCCCAAUUCAACUUAGACGAGGAGCAGUCAUCAAAGAUCAGGACUGUUUUGAGCGUUCCCAUCAAGAACCACAGGGCAGAGGUGGUAGGUGUAGCGGUAAUGAUCAACAAGAGAAAUGGCUGCGAUGGAUCAGCUUCUGUUUUUACCAACAUGGAUGAAAAGGUCCUGUCCAAUCAUAUGGAUGUGCUGGGGUUGGUUCUGGACAAUGUUCAGCUGUAUGAGAGCUCAAGACAGGAAGCCAAACGCAGUCAGGCCUUGAUAGAGAUGGCACAGGUAUUGUCAAAGGAGCACCGUUCCUUUGAAGUUCUGCUGAGUAAGAUGGCUGCCACCAUCAUGCCCUUCACACAUGCUCAGUACUGCACCAUCUUCAUCCCCGGCGAGCAGCCCUCAGUUGUUGAAGACGAGGUUUCAUUUUCCAGAGUGAUCCACCUGGAGUGUGAGGAGCUGGGCUCAACCUGCCAGAUCUACAGAAGGGAGCGUAACAUCAGUGAUAUAGACCCAUCGUAUGCCCUUCGAACUCUAGUUGCAAUGGAUACACUUAAUAUGUCGGUGAGCUCUGAGGAAUCGAUGAAGAGUCUGAUCUGCUGCCCCGUCAGAAAUGAGAGGUCUGAAGAUGUUAUUGCGGUGUGUCAGCUGAUGAACAAAAGGAGCAAAGACUCAGACCAGAUGGAAGCCUUUAACAGAUACGAUGAGCGCCUGCUAGAGGACCUGGCGGUGUACUGCGGCCUGGCUCUGCAGUACGCUCAGGCUGUGCAGAUCACGGAGGAGCGGAGGGCCAGCAUAGAGGUCACACAGGAGGUUCUUGCCUACCACAUCACCGCAGCAGAGGAAGAGAUCCAAGCGUUGCAGGAGGCCACUAUUCCUUCCGCUGAAUCGCUGCUUCUUCUAGACUUCGAUUUCUCUGAUUUUGGUCUGCCGGAAGAUCUGACCACCCAGGCCACCAUCCGUAUGUUCCUGGACCUCAGUUUGGUGCAGGAUUUUAACAUGGAUUACAAGAGUCUCUGCCAGUGGGUCCUGACAGUGAGACGUGGUUACAGGAACAGCGUGCCUUACCACAACUGGAGCCAUGCGCUGAGCACUGCUCAGAGCAUGUUUGCUAUGCUCAUGGCCACAGAGCAACUCCAGACUAUUUUCUCCCGUCUGGAGAUCUUAGCAUUGAUGAUAGCCACUCUGAGUCAUGACCUCGACCACAGAGGAGUCAGUAACUCUUACAUAGAAAGGAGUCAGCAGCCUUUAGCUCAGCUGUAUGGACACUCUUCUCUUGAAAACCACCACUACAACCUGUGCCUCUUCAUCCUAAACAACCAGGGGAGUCAGAUUCUUAGCGGUCUCUCUGCAGAGGACCACCGAGCUGUGCUACACAUGAUCAAAAGGGCCAUCCUCGCCACUGACCUGACCGUCUACAUGGAGAGAAGAAAAGAGUUCUUUUCUCUCACGAAGAAAAGCAGAGUGAGCUGGAAGAGUGAGAAGCAAAGAGAUUUACUGAGGUCGAUGCUGAUGACAGCCAGUGACCUGUCAGCUAUCACAAAGCCUUGGCCUGAGCAGAAAAGGAUUGCCAACCUGGUUGCCAUGGAGUUCUUUGCGCAGGGGGACAAAGAGAGAGAAGAGUUCAAAAUCAAACCCAUUGACAUAAUGAACAGAGAAAACAGCACUCGACUGCCGUACAUGCAAGUCGAAUACAUUGAUGACAUCUGCUAUCCACUCUACAAGACUGUUUCAAGACUGUUUGGCAGCUGCUCCCCACUGCUGAACGGCUGCAAAAAGAACAGAGAAAACUGGCUGCAUCUCACUGAGGAAGCAGAGGAAAAGAACAGUGAAAAUGGCCGUAGUUUAACUCUGGAAACACAUAAAAGCAUUGAGGACGAGACACAGAGAGAGGAGUAGAGGACUGCACAGAAGAUGAAGACAAAUUGCUUUGGAAGCUAAAAGGAGUUUUACUCACAUGCGCCUGUUGUUCUCCAUCCUCUCUUGGACAGAUCUGGACUAAAUAUUGACUUUAUUGAUUAAUGGGAUACAUACUCAUCUUGAAUAAUCCAAGCAAUGCUGCAGUUACUGUCUAAGGGCAUGUCCUAUCAAGUGUAUGUAAUGUACAACCUGUCAGUAGUGUCAAGUCUCACAUAAGCAACAUCCAUCUGUUUCAUUACUUGUUAAGAGUUGAGAAAAACAAUAAUUUCUUCACUAUAUCUGCACAUCCUCUGUACUUUGUAUGUGUGUAUGCAGUCUUGAGAAUGUAUAGAUUUGUGAACACAUCCAGAUUAGAAAAAUUGCAACAAAUCAAAUAAUAUUUUGAUGUAAAUGAUUUUCCAUGUUAUCACCUAAUAUCAAACCAGCACGCAACUUUUUGUUGUCCACCCUUUGAUGUAGUCAGAGAUGACUUAUAC